CACCUUUCAACUGCUUAUCAGUUGCCACCCUCAAACUUUUCUUCUUCUUCUUCUUCUGGAAUUGAGUGUCAACAAACACAAUCAUGGAGACUGGUAUCACAUGCUAUGCACGUGCAGCUCUCCUCCCAAAUCUCACCUCUCAACAUUCAUCUUCACUAGCUACUCCAGGCUGGUCCAUUUCUCCAUCUUUCAACACCAGGAGUUUAAAGAGUUCAUUAUUCGGGGAAUCAUUGCGCGUUGUGCCUAAAUCUUCACUAAAUGUUGUGAAGACAAGGAAACAGUCUUCCCCAGUGACCAAGUGUGAGAUAGGUGACAGCCUGGAAGAAUUCCUUACAAAGUCGACGUCGGACAAGGGGCUGAUUAGCCUGAUGAUGUGCAUGGGAGAGGCACUAAGAACAAUUGCAUUUAAAGUCAGAACAGCUUCUUGUGGAGGAACAGCAUGUGUCAACUCUUUUGGAGAUGAGCAGCUUGCUGUUGAUUUGCUGGCUAAUAAGCUCCUAUUUGAGGCUUUGACUUACUCACAUUUCUGCAAAUAUGCCUGUUCUGAAGAAGUCCCUGAGCUCCAAGAUAUGGGAGGGCCAACUGAGGGAGGAUUUAGUGUUGCAUUUGAUCCACUUGAUGGUUCCAGUAUUGUGGACACUAACUUCACUGUGGGAACCAUCUUUGGCGUUUGGCCCGGGGAUAAGCUAACCGGAGUUACAGGGAGAGAUCAGGUUGCAGCAGCCAUGGGGAUAUUCGGGCCUCGUACUACAUAUGUUCUGGCUCUUAAAGACGUCCCUGGAACACACGAAUUCCUCCUCCUCGACGAAGGAAAAUGGCAGCAUGUGAAAGACACAACCGAAAUUGGAGAAGGAAAAAUGUUCUCCCCGGGGAACUUGAGAGCCACAUUUGAUAAUGCUGACUAUGCUAAGCUAAUUGACUACUAUGUUAGGGAGAAGUACACCCUGAGAUACACCGGAGGAAUGGUGCCUGAUGUAAACCAGAUCAUUGUGAAAGAGAAGGGAAUUUUCACAAAUGUGGUAUCCCCAUCAGCCAAGGCCAAGUUGAGGCUGCUCUUUGAGGUGGCUCCAUUGGGGUUCUUGAUUGAGAAAGCCGGGGGGUAUAGCAGCGACGGGGAAAAGUCUGUGCUCGACAAGGUGAUCAAUAAUCUUGAUGAGAGGACUCAAGUGGCUUAUGGUUCCAAGAAUGAGAUUAUCCGAUUCGAGGAGACACUCUAUGGAUCCUCCAGGCUUAAGGCUGCUGAGCCAGUUGGAGCUGCCGCUUAAGUUAAGCGUGCCUGUAUGAUCCAAUUCGCCCUCGUAACGUUUUGGUUUGUUUGUAAAACAGAAUUUACCAAUGCUUUUGAUUUGGAGUACCUUUGCUUCAUCUUCUCUACCCAAGAAAACAAUUUUGGAUGGACAAGUAUCUAGAUGCCACCUAGAAUUUAGCCUUCUGUAAAUGUAUUAUGUUCUUAAUCAAUGGUUAAGAUCAGCAAACCAAUUGUAUUCUAGCUUCUUUUGCUUUAUCA